AAACUUUUACGAAGUCGAUCAACCUUGCCGUGUGUGAAAAUCUCUUUGGUCAAUCAAAGGUCAACAACUGACCAACCGGCCUUGACUGCAAAGCAGGCAGCUAUACAGCGACGGUUGCAUUUACAAAAUCAAAAGAUGGCCGACAACUCUGGGAAUGCCAAGCCAUUUGUGUUGGCAUCACGUCCUGAUGAUGAAAAAGGAAUCCCUUAUUAUGGAGUGGACAUUCUAAAGAAACACGUCAAUGUUGUGUGGUAUGAUGAUUUUCUCCAAAACAAGGAGAAGUAUGCACAGCUCAUCCAUGGUAUCAUCCUAUGGGUCACGGCACCACGUGUGGACGCUGCAUUGCUGGAUGCCCUGCCCAACUUGAAAGUCAUCAGCAAUGUGGGAGCAGGUGUAAACUUCCUGGACCUGGACCUGCUCGCCUCCCGAGGGCUGAAGGUGUGCAACACACCUCGCAUCCUCAACGAAACCACUGCAGACAUGGGCAUGACACUGCUGCUGGCAUCAGCUAGGAGGCUGCUGGAAGGUGACCAGAUGGUGAGGAAUCCUAACGUUAAGUGGCAGAUUAACUUCUGUGGCAGACAGGUGUCAGGAGCCACCCUUGGGAUUGUGGGUAUGGGAGGUAUUGGCUAUGCUGUAGCCCAGAGAGCUCAUGCCUUCAGGAUGAACAUAUUCUACCACAACAGGACCAGAAGGCCCCAGACUGAAGAAGAGGCAGUGGGUGCCCAGUACUGUGCCACCCUGGAGGAGCUCUUGUCACAGUGUGAUUUUGUCAUCAUAGUGACUCCACUAACCGCUGAAACUAAAGGAAUGUUUGGCAAGAGGCAGUUUGAACUGAUGAAGCCAUCUGCCACCAUCAUCAACAUUGCAAGGGGUAGCAUCAUAGAUACAGGUGCCCUGCUGGAGGCACUACAAAACAAGACCAUCGCUGCAGCAGCCCUGGACGUGACAGACCCGGAGCCCCUGCCUGACGACCACCCUCUGUCCAAGCUGCAGAAUGUGACCUUCACCGCACAUAUGGGCAGCGCUACGGUACAGACCAGGAGUAACAUGAUGGCACUGGCUGUGCAGAACCUCCUGGACGCCCUCAGUGGCAAACCUCUGGUCAACCAAGUCAUCUAUGUGUUAAGGAGCCUCAGGUUCACGUUUUUAAUCGGCUGUCGUGAGAUAUUAAGUAUGAGAUAUGAAGGUACGUCUCAGAUGUCUUGUUUUCCAGGCGACCAGAUGGUGAGGGAUCCUAACGUUAAGUGGCAGAUUAACUUCUGUGGCAGACAGGUGACAGGAGCCACUCUUGGGAUUGUGGGUAUGGGAGGUAUUGGGUAUGCCGUAGCCCAGAGAGCUCGUGCCUUCAGGAUGAAGAUAUUCUACCACAACAGGACCAAAAGGCCCCAGACUGAAGAAGAGGCAGUGGGUGCCCAGUACUGUGCCACCCUGGAGGAGCUCUUGCCACAGUGUGAUUUUGUCAUCAUAGUGACUCCACUAACCGCUGAAACUAAAGGAAUGUUUGGCAAAAAGCAGUUUGAACUGAUGAAGCCAUCUGCCACCAUCAUCAACAUUGCAAGGGGUAGCAUCAUAGAUACAGAAGCCCUGCUAGAGGCACUACAGAACAAGACCAUCGCUGCAGCAGCCCUGGAUGUGACAGACCCGGAGCCCCUGCCUGACGACCACCCCCUGUCCAAGCUGCAGAAUGUGACCUUCACCGCACACAUGGGCGGUGCCACGGUACAGACCAGGAGCAACGCGUUCGCAAUGGCUGUGCAGAACCUCCUGGAUGCUUUCAGUGGUAAACCUCUGGUCAACCAAGUCAUCUAA